UGAACGCCCACCAGCAAAAUAGAGGUGGAGCUUAAAGCCUGUAAACUACGUAUUUAGCUUAAGUGCUGCUCGACUCUAAGCUUUUAUUCGCAGCUGAUGCCUGAAUCGUGUACCACCUGGUCCUGGUUCUAUUAUCCAUCCUCUCAGUUCCUUUACUUUGUCGAUACUUGAUAGCAAUUUUUAUUUUUGUAUAAUUUUUACGGCGAGUGCUCUUUUUGCUAGUAGAUCGGUCGCAUUCCUGCUAUAUAUUUGGUGUAGUUGUUAUGACUUUCUAGAAACCUCCAUGAUGAGACCGGAUCGCAACUAAAAAGUGUAGAUGGGAAACAAGAGGCGAAGGCAUCAUGUUGAAGCGACGUGGACGACGGCGGGCGGCUGCACUGCCGCGUGACCUGAAAGGCCUCCAGCCUACCGCGGAGCCGUUGCUUUGAGCGAUUCGCUUUUAGUGCUGCACGUUGUAGACGUAAAAGUUCGAGCCUGCUUGCCUUCCGAUUGCCGAUUCAUCCUACUUUUGUUUUGGUCGCAACGACAGCACGGGCAACACCCCCCUCGAGCUCGCGAGUCCCGGGUACUUAGAAAAUAGUUCGCUGCACUUGGAGCAGCAACGAAAACCGCAGCGCAUCUUCUCUGUGCAAGUAGCACCACAGCUCCGGACGACAGGGACUUUAAAAAACGUUUGUUUGAACAAAAAGUUUCUUCAUCCCGUGACACGCCUCCUUCAAGAUGAACGUUCACGAGAUGGAAGCCAAGGAUGGCAUCCGCAUGCCGUGGAACGUUUGGCCGCCAAACCGGCUGGGCAUGCAGCGGAUUCUGCUGCCUUUGGGGUGUAUGUACACUCCCAUCAAGCAGACUAAUGAGCUGAAGCUCGUGCAGUACGAUCCGGUGGUUUGCAACGGCGAGAAUCGCCAGUGUGGAGCCAUUUUCAAUCCCUUCUGCUACAUCGACCUCAGGUACUAUAUUACCCAGACGACGACAGCAGAUGUUGAUUGUAUGAAAAAUGUUUGAUGAGAAGGUUUCUUUGUCGGAAACGACGUAUUGGUGGUCUCCAACAAUCUUUUUUUGUUGCAUUUUUCUAGCAGGCACCUUGAAAAAACAAAAAGCUGCUCGUGGUAGUAUGAUAAGGACACUUUUAUCUUCAGGUCGAAGUGCUGGACGUGCAACUUUUGCGGGUGCCGAAAUGCGCUGCCGGCAUUCUAUGCGGAACACAUAUCAGAGACGCAAAAACCGCAGGAGGCCAUGUUUACGACUAUCGAAUACCUGUUGCCAAAUUCAGCCGUGCCGCCACCGGUAGGUUUUGUUUUAAAGUCCCUCCUCCUCUUUCCGAAACAAGAAAAGCAACAUCAAUAGAUAUUUCCAUGUUACAUGAAUGUUGUUCUGUAGGUCGUGGUAGGGUGCAGAUGCUUUAUAGCAAUCAAAGCAGCGGGUUCGAACUUGGAGAUGAUCCGGUUCAGUUGUUCCGAAUGCUCGCAUUUGCACUCUGCGGAGAGUCGCCCCCUCGCGGCCACCGCGUCUAUAGAGGUUGAAGAGACCUCCACCUAAAAUACCAUACUACCCUGCAGGUUUUUCUGUUCGUACUGGACACCAGUUUGAACAACUCGGAGGACGAACCGGAGUUCGAGAAGGCGAAGGAAACGCUGCAGCAGGUGAUGCAAAGUAUCAAAUGCAAAUAUGUCUGAGUCUGGAAACUUGUGAUGCUGGCUGGACAGUCUUGAGGACGUCCCGAUUGGUGGCCACGCAUGACAAGUGUUUGAGCUGCUAUGUGUUGCCUGUUCUGCAUGGCAAACCGCGUUUCCGCACGACAGAAAACUUGGAUACUUGCCUAACGCGCAUGACAGACUUGAGAGUCAUGCUAGCCGAGCAUGACAAACUCUGCAUUCUUCCAGACCCAGACAUAUUUGCAAUGCAUACAAACUAUGCCGGUGACAAGUUUGGUCGGGUUCAUCACCUUUGGCACGCUGGUAAACGUGCACGAGCUCGGGUUCCAGGAACUCAGCAAGAGCUACGCCUUCCGGGGCACCAAGGGGUACAACGCACAGCAAGUCGCCCAGCAACUCGGCCUUCCAGCAAGAAUGGACCCGAGAGGAAACACUGCUGGUACGUAACGCUGGUUUUAAAGAGUUGGCAAUCUGUGAUUGCUGGGGCGGUACUUGAGCUUCGCGGUUGCGGUGUGAUAGAUUCUUGCAUAACUCUUGCACGCGUUACUGCGCUUUUUCAGAACUCGCUCCAGACAGUGCGGGCAUCUUGGUCCAAUUGAAGGUUUUUCUAUGAAGACAGGAUCACCACGACGUGGGCAUGAAAAUGAAUGAUCUUGGUCUCCUCGGAAUAAACUACAACUAGCAUAUUGAAAAGUAAUUUUGACACCGAAAAACAGCCCGAUCGCGGUUUCUGUUGCCGAUUUCCGAAUGCGAAUUUAGUCUAAACUCUGUUUUGGACGACCUGCAGCGGGAUAGGUGGCCUACGCAAACGCGAGACGUCCGCUGCACCAGGUGUACCGGCGCUGCACUUUCCGUCGCAAUAGGAUUGCUGGAGUGCACGUAAGCAGAUGAAUUUUCACAGCUGCAUCACCAUGGACCUUCAUGUUAUAGUUCUGGUCGGAGAUGAUGAUUCAUUAUAGUCGUGUUAUUACUGUUACUCGAACUCGUAUCCAAUUUGAACUUUCUAAGGCACGUAGAAGUGCCUAUUUAUUGCAGAAUUUAUUGCGUUCGUCAUUCUGUCUCGGAAAGUUUUGAAUAUAGAUCACGGAAACUGAAAACAGAUACGCGAACCAGGCGGGAAGGGUUGUUUUGCUCUCGUCCGGCCCCUGCACCGUGGGGCCCGGUCAGAUUGUAGCACAAGACAAGGCCGAAGUCAUGCGUUCGCACCAGGACCUGCAGAAGGAAAGACCAAACACAAAGUAAUUAAUGAUUCUAGUAGCAGCGAAUCAGUUGCAGUUCAUUUUCGAUCAGAGUCGAUACAGCUCCCACUUGAAUUCCAGCUUUGUGACUGCGCAUUUCUAACCGCUCUUUCAGAAGUAGAUAAAGGGAUGAUUCUUGUUCAUUCAACUACAAUUUGCUUGCCUGUCCCUGCGCACUUGUGCUGUUCUUUUGACGCCGGCCACUCCCACAUUUCACAGGCACACGAAACCCGCCAUCCAAUUCUAUGCGGGCCUCGCAAGCCGGGCAGUAGCGUCUGGGCACGCGGUCGACAUUUUUGCGAGCAGUUUGGACCAGAUUGGAACGCACGAGAUGCGAGUAUUGUGCGAUCGAACGGGUUAUCAAAUGCAAAAAUGUCUGGGUCUGGAAGAGUGUAAACUUGUCAUGCAGGUUUUUCAUGACCCAUGAGGUCUGGAAUGCGGGACCUAGCAUGACAGAGUCUGUGAGGUUUCUUCCAUGCCUAUCCUGCAUGAGAAACUCCCUCCAAAAUUGGUCGAAAGUGGACAGGUUUUGGCACUCAUGCAACACAGAUUUCUGCAUGAUUCGGAUUUAGCAUGACAAGUUGCGAUCUUCCAGACCCAGACAUUUUUGCAAUCCAUAAGGGUGGGACCCUGGUGAUGGCCGACGGUUACUCAACACACGUGUUUCGUGACAGUUUUAAAAAACUUUUCGAGACCGUCGACGAGUCAGGUAUUUCCUACUUCACACUGCUAUAUCAUUAACUCGCAAACAAGUUUCUGAAUCUGUCCCGGUGUAGUCUGGACAAUGGCCGAUUGCGAAGAUUUCGUUCUUCCAACGGGCGGGACGACCGCGCACAAUGCUGAUAGGGAACAAUCAAGAACUUUUCGUUGAACCAACCCGGGGCGUCACCACCCGGAAUUAAAUCGUGGACCACCACCGCAUGUUCAACAAUUAUCCCUCAGGUUUCCUGCAGAUGGGGUUCAACGCGAACAUAAAGGCCGUGUGUUCCCGUGAGUUCAAGAUUAGCGGUUGCGUGGGCCCCUGCUGCGGCACGCAGAAGAAGAACAAAUCGGUGGGCGAGACUGAGAUCGGGGAGUCGGGCACCAUCGAGUGGCGCAUGGGGGUGAUGGACCCCACCACCACGCUCGCGUUCUUUUUCGAGAUCGCCGGCGACCUGUCGCAGAACGGCGGCCAGGCCAUGGGCCAGAACGCGGCGUAUCUGCAGUUCCAAACGCUGUACCACCAUCCCUCCGGGGUCAAGCGCCUCCGCGUCACCACCGUCGCCCGGGCUUUCGCGGACCCGCAGCUGACCAACAUCGCGCACGGGUUCGACCAAGAGGCCGCCGCGACCGUGAUGAGCCGGAACGUGAUGUUUCAGCUCGAGGGCAGCGAGAUGAGCGACGUGCUGCGGAGGAUGGACCGGAUCCUGAUCCGCCUCAUCUCCAAGUUCGCCAGCUACAACAAGGACGACGUGUCCUCGUUUCAGCUUACCGAAGAAUUCACCCUGUUCCCCCAAUUCAUGUAUGACAGUGUUUUCUCGCUUGCUUGCUAUUGCUACUUGCUAUUUGUUACUUUGGAAGAUCAUUCUCAAUGGUCAUGGUGAUGGUCUGCCCGCUUCGCGCUUCAUCUCCAUCGAGCUGUAUGAGUUUCUUUUCCCGUAAGUGCGCAUUUCAUUGUUCUACUCAUGCGCACUCUGAUCGUGCAGCCGUAAAGUAUUGUGAUGUGUACAACUAUGAAUUUCAGGUACUACCUGCGACGAUCCCCGUUUUUAGAUUUUUUCAACACGUCCCCCGACGAGUCCGCCUUUUACCGCACCUGCCUGCUCCGGGCCACCACCUGCCAGUCCCUUGUCAUGCUCCAGCCCGCACUCCUGUGUUACACCCUAGACGACCCCCACCCCCGACCCGUAUUUGACCUGUUGGAUUAAGUAACCUCAAAUGCUGACCUUGAUCUUGAUUUUUGGAGCCGGGGUCGACUUUCUCAUAUCCACUUUCUCGAGAGAUUUAGCAUCGGUGUGAAAGAAUACAAAUGAACUAUCACCAGGUACUCCUCGAUGCCGCAAGUUUGAAAAAGGACAUUAUCCUGAUGAUGGACAGCUUCUUUUUCGUGCUCAUAUGGCGAGGGCAACAGAUUCAGCAAUGGUACAGUUUUUUUGGACGCUGAAUAGUAGUUUUCCGCAGUGAGCGUAUGGGAACGAGCUUCUCAAUCAGCUGCAGCCGGCUAGACUAGUUCGAAGCAUCGUGAGAACAGGAAAAUUUGGUUCUUUUGCGAAUCCGGUUUGGCUUGAGAGAUUCCAGUUCUUUAAUAUCCUUCAGGUAUGACGCGAAAUACCACGAGCAGGAGGAGUUUGCGCAUCUGAAGGAGCUUUUGGUCGCUCCUACUGUCGACGUGAAGAACAUUCUUGCCGAGCGGUUUCCGUCGCCAAAAUUUAUCCAGACCGCGGAGGGCGGCUCACAGGCACGCUUUCUGAUGAACAGGGUCAACCCGAGCCGAACGCACACGAAGGUGGAUACCGACGACGGUCAGGGUUGGGGCGGCGUCCGAGGCGGCGGUAACCCGCAACAGGAAAGUUCCAUCGUGCUCACGGACGACGUCAGUUUGAAAACUUUCAUGCAAGCCCUGAUUCGCUACGCUGUGGCUAGUUAGCGGAACCGAACGAGGAGGAGGCGGGAGAAUUUCAGCAUACGCUCGCACAGCAGUAGUGCAGGAGUACUAGGAUUCUUCCACAGAAACUUUGCGAAGUGCGGAAAGCAACGGCCAGCGAUCAUGGCUGGGGUGUUUCGACGUCCUGAUUGGCAACAUUUUUUUCUACAGACGACAGAUGAAUUCCUCAUCGAAAAAUCAUUGAUACGCGUUAUUUUCACAGAGCGAAAAAAAAAACUUGUGCUUUUUUUCGAAGUAAAAUACGUAUGUGGGUAUUUCUAUGUCAUUUUCCGAACUCUCUCUCGCGAACUCGUUCAAAACUUAUACUUUGUUUUAGUUGGUAUCUAGAAUGAUCUGUACCUGUUUAUGGUGUGUUGUUUUUGGAAAUAAUGAACCGAGAAAAAGACAUGUGCUGGAACCAUCAAACUACACAAACAUUAUUGCGACCCAGAGGUUCCAAGAAACCAGCGAGCUUUACUCGUUCCUUGUCAUUAUUAUCCCGCUCAGCUCUUGAGACAAGAUGAAGGUGGACGAUAAAUGAAGAAGAU